AUGACUAAGGCGCUGACCGCUCGCUCCCCACGCCACGCCACCGCAAGGCUCAAGCUGUUACAUGGUUGCAAACAAAACAAAAGGCAAGGCAGCAGGUACCUAGGCAGUUCAUUCGGAGCCUACAAUUGUUUUCCAAACUUGGUUUCUUCACAGACCCUCAUUUCACAAGAGGUCCCCAAGCUCAGGACGAAGACUGAUAGCCACCGCCCCGAACUACCUAAUCAGCCUCAUUCUGCCCCUCCUCCAAGAACCCCGCUUCAAAGACCUGAAAGACAUCAAAAGCCCAUACUGAACAUGGCCGAUGUGGAAAUGAAAGAGGCGUCGUCCUCUAAGGUGAAGACCGGAUCUAAGGCAGAUGGAGCUAGCGACGGCAAGAAGAAGUUCGAAGUCAAGAAGUGGAACGCCGUUGCUUUGUGGGCCUGGGAUAUCGUCGUCGAUAAUUGUGCCAUUUGCCGAAAUCACAUCAUGGAUCUGUGCAUCGAAUGUCAAGCAAAUCAGGGUUCAUCUACCACGGAAGAAUGCACAGUUGCCUGGGGUAUCUGCAAUCACGCAUUCCACUUCCACUGCAUCUCCCGCUGGCUGAAAACUCGUCAAGUCUGCCCCCUGGACAACAAGGAUUGGGAAUUCCAGAAGUACGGUCGGUAA